AUGAGCGACCGAGAUAAUCAGGAUGAACAAAAAGAGGAUAUCGUAGAGAAGGAUGUCACUCCCGAUUAUUCGAAAUACACAGAGGAUAGUGUCCCUCCUGAAGAAAGAGUGAGUUUGUGAUU